AUGGAGAAAAUGGCCAGACCUCUUCCCGUCAACGCAGCUUUCCUGCCGCCGACGCACGGCGUGCUAAAGUCGCUGCUGGAGAACCCGCUCAAAUUGCCUUUCCACCACGACGAAGGUUUUGGUAAAGAGAAGGACAAGGAGAAGAAAUUGGAGGAUGAGAGCGGAGCGGCCAACCCGCCACAGUCGGCCUUCCUUGGGCCCACACUGUGGGACAAGACACUGCCCUACGAUGGCGACAACUUUCAACUGGAGUACAUGGAUCUGGAGGAGUUCUUGUCCGAGAACGGCAUUCCUGCCAACACGGCGCAGAGCGACCAGCGGCAAGCGGCCCCACCGCCGCCGCCCCCCCAAGCCCCACAGGCCCCCCAGGCCCCGGCCGCCCCAUCAGUGGUGGACCUGAGCAGUCGCGCCGCCACUUCGGUGCACGCCAACAUGCAGACGUGUUUGCGCAGCCCCAACGCUACAGGUAAGCGCCCGGCGGUGACAUCGGCAUCGUCACGCGACACGCCCAGCCCCAUCGACCCAGAGUCCAUCCAGGUGGCGCUAAGCUACGAGCCCGACCCAGCCGACCUGGCGCUGUCCAGCGUUCCCGGCCAGGCUGUUUUCGACCCGCGCAAGCACAAGUUCUCGCCCGAGGAGCUCAAGCCGCAACCCAUGAUUAAAAAGGCCCGGAAGGUCUUUAUACCAGACGACCUCAAGGACGACAAGUACUGGGCACGCCGCAGAAAGAACAAUGUGGCGGCUAAGCGGUCGCGAGACGCUCGGCGGCUUAAGGAGAACCAGAUCGCCAUCCGCGCCGGCUUCCUGGAGAAGGAAAACGCCGCCUUGCGUCUGGAGGUAGCCGACCUACGCAAAGAGCUGGGACGCUGCAAGAACGUCGUGGCCAAGUACCAGGCCAGGCACGGCCCCCUGUGA